GUCCUAGCGGCACAAAAGUAACCGACGUAACAGAGGGGCAUUUCAGAGUAGAGAGCAUAGUGUCAGCCAUAAAGGGCAUGCUGCUCCACAAAGUGAAGAAUGUGCAAAAUGUUGUGCAAGAAGCAAGGCACCAUCAGUUCAGGCAGAGUUAGAAAAAUAAGCGUCUCGAAUACUUUCACGAAAGAAUCGUGCAUUCUAUUUUGACUCAUUUGAGCUUCCGUCCAAUGCCUGUGUGACGUUUAAGAAGACGGAAGUAGGUUGCAAGCCGAUCAUAUUUACAGAUAAGAAAGUUUCUUCAGCAGAAUGCACAGCUAAAGCAGAGUUUCUGUGGAAACCAGCAGUGCCAUCUCUUCAUUGGCUGCUAGACUGAAGGGUAUUUUUGGUAACCUGAGUUAAGAAGUGAGCAUGCUCCAUAGCCAACAUUUCUAAGGGAGGCCUAGGAGUUACAGGAGAAGGGAAUACUGCAGCCUUAUUAAGGAGUGGCAGAUAAUGUCAGAGGAUUCGCAGAGAAAUUUCCGUUCUGUAUACUAUGAGAAAGUUGGGUUCCGAGGAGUGGAAGAGAAAAAGUCACUGGAGAUUUUGUUGAAGGAUGACCGCUUGGAUAUUGAGAAGCUUUGCACUUUCAGCCAGAGGUUUCCUCUUCCAUCCAUGUACAGGAUUCUUGUUUGGAAGGUACUCCUAGGUAUACUCCCACAACACCAGGAAUCUCAUCCUAUGGUAAUGGAGUAUAGGAGGGAGCAGUACCAGGAUGUUUACCAUGCCCUACAAGUUAUCCAUUUCAUCAGUGAGGCAACCCCCAAGAUUGAGGUUUUUCUCUAUAUGUAUCAUCUAGAGACUGGGAAGCUUUCUCAGAGUCAGCCUUAUCCUAUGGAGCCAGAGGAUGACAUUUUCUUGGCCAUAGCAAGCACAAUGGAGGAGAUGGUGGAUGAUGAUGUGGACUGUUAUUGGCUCAUUCGAAAUUUUGUAAAUCACUUUGAUUCAAAGUUUAAGGAUUCCAAGCUUCAGCUGCAUAAAGCUUUUGAGCAUUACUUGAAUCUAGAAGAUAGCAGGUUGGUUGCCCAUCUCAAGGUCAGCAGUGCACUUGAAAAGCUUCCCUAUGAUCUUUGGUUCAAGAAGUGUUUUGCUGGGUGUUUAUCAGCAUCCAGCUUACAGAGGGUAUGGGACAAACUUGUCAGUGGAUCUUGCAAGAUUCUAGUAUUUGUUGCUGUGGAGAUUUUACUAACUUACAAGUUGAAAGUCACGGCCUUAAAUAAUGCAGAGAGCAUAAAUAAGUUUCUGGAGAAGAUUCCAGAAGACAACACUGACCCAAUAGUGAGCAAAGCUAUAGAUUUAUGGCACAAGCACUGUGGAAUUCCUGCUCAUAGUAUUUGACCAUAAGAAAUGCUGGUGUGUAAAUACAAAUAUUUUGUUUGGUUUUUUUUUUAUUGUAUUUUAUAAAUGCAUCUGUACAGAAAAUCUCAUACAGAGAAGAAAUAAAAAAAUGUAAAUAUAAAA